UCUGGCUGUGUACAGGGUCGGUUGAAGCGGAUGGGGUCAGAUGCGGGCUGCACGUUGACAGCUGGAUCAUAAAGGAAACACAUCGCAGGCAGGCUGAAGCUGCCAGACGCGUUUAUAUCAUGUUUAAUAAAGGUAAAGGGACCGCGGUGCCGUCGGACGGACAAGCACGGGAAAAGUUGGCAUUAUAUGUUUAUGAGUAUUUGCUACACGUGGGAGCGCAAAAGUCCGCACAGACGUUUUUAUCAGAGAUAAGAUGGGAGAAGAACAUAACCCUUGGGGAACCACCAGGCUUUCUGCACUCAUGGUGGUGCGUGUUUUGGGACCUGUACUGCGCAGCACCUGAGAGGAGGGAGACAUGUGAUCACUCAAGUGAAGCAAAGGCCUUUCAUGACUACAGCGCUGCUGCUGCACCGAGUCCUGUCCUAGGCAACAUGACCCCUGGAGAUGGCAUGCCAGGCGGCCCCAUGCCCCCCAGAUUCUUCCAGGGACCACCUGGUUCCCAGCCCUCCCCUCACGCUCAGCUACCUCCUAACUCUAACAUGAUGGGCCCACAUGGACAGCCAUUUAUGUCCCCACGCUAUGCCGGAGGGCCACGGCCACCCAUCAGAAUGGGAAACCCGCCUCCAGGUGGGCAGCCUUUACCCCCAAAUAUGAUGGACCCUGCACAACCAACAGGCCAUCCCAAUCUGGUACCGAUGCAGAGAAUGAAUGCUCCUCGAGGAAUGGGCCCUAUGGGACCAGGACCACAGUCUGAUCCGUGGUUAUCAUUACAGAAUUAUGGCGGAGGAAUGAGGCCUCCCAACUCCAUGGGCCCUGGAAUGCCAGGUGUAAACAUGGGAGCAGGAGGUGGCAGACCGUGGCCUAAUCCUAGUAAUGGAAACACAAUGACAUACAGUUCCUCAUCCCCAGGAAACUAUGUGGGUCCUCAAGGGACAGCAGGAGGGGGCUGUCCUCCAGGAACACCCAUCAUGCCCAGUCCAGCAGACUCCACUAACUCUGGUGAAAAUCUCUACACAUUGAUAAACUCAGUACCUGGAGGAAACCGAUCUAGUUUUUCUAUGGGCCCAGGGUCAGAUGGUCCAAUGGGAGCACUGGAGCCUCAUCACAUGAACGGCUCAUUAGGUUCAGGAGACAUAGACGGACUCCCAAAGAAUUCCCCCAAUAAUCUAAGUGGUAUGAGUAACACACCAGGAACUCCACGAGAUGACAGUGACCUGGGAGGAAGCUUUCUUCACUCUUUCCAAAAUGAAAAUUACUCGCCAACAAUGACAAUGAGUGUGUGAUGGAAAACUGUGCAUCAGUUUACAAAGUAAAGGUGUCACUAAGACUAGGGACCAACCCCACUACCAUGAACCAGAGAGAGGUCUAAGUUUAGUCUCGCACAUCACUGAGAACCAAUCUUAAACCAGCUCUGGUCAAGGUGAAUGCUCCUCAUUUCAACACGAUCGAAAAGGACUGCAGGAUGGGUUUAUACGAGAAGAACCAGUUUGAGAUGGGAGCCCCACUUUGAAGAGUAAUUUGAUUUCAUAUUUUUGUAUUUUGUAGUUAAAAACAGACUUAAGAAGCCCACACCGGAUGUGACCAGAGAAGAUAAAUUGUCCUUUGUUUUAAAUGAGAGUGGAUCUCAAACAGAGGGGACUGUGAUAACAUCUACACUGUGGAUUUAUAGCAAACUAUAUAAAUGGCUUUCAAAAGUGAACAGGAACCAUUCUGUGUAACAUUCCUUUGACGACGUGGGAAUUUCUAGUCUCCAAUCUCUACUUACAUUUUGAAACAGCCUUUAGCACAAGUCAUACUGAAAUGGCUUCCUUAAAAGCGGCACAUCCACAAUGAGUAGACCAAUGGCUUUGACUAUAGUUGCUUUUAAGAUGGACCAAUGGACUUCCCUUUUUCUCGUCACCUACUCGGAAAGAUAAUGGACAAUGAGCUACUGUUUUAUUUUUAUGUCUUCUUGGUUGUUUUAAAAAUGACAUUAACUGCUAACGCCUUUUUCCAAGCAUUUCCAUGUGCUUUGUUCAGGUCUGAGAGCUUAUACCUGUUACCUGAAGUCAGAAAUCUACAGCAUUUUCACUUUUCCAAAUCUCAGUUCCAAAUUAUUUUUGUGAGGUUCAAAAACUAUUUGACUCAAGGUUAAGCCUACCUGAGAUUCUUCUCGGGCAAUUGAUGGCAUUUUCUUACCAGAGAAGAUGUCACAAGACAACAGUACAGAUUUCAGAUCUCUGAAGCAAGGGAAAUUAAGUAUAACCGAAAUAAAGGGAAAGGUUCACUAUAUUUACACAGAUUGGAUAAACUGCAUACUGGUUGACUGUUGUUUGUUGCAAAGGUUAUCUUUCCUGUUCCCCAUGCUGCCUUUGCUCCGAUUCACAUAACUCUGGAAAUUAGCAUGUUUUUCAUUGCCAUUUUUUUUUUUACUUUUACUGUUCACUUUUAGAUGUGCCACAGACCUUGAUUUAAUUUAUACGUUGUUUUUUUUAUGUUUUUCCCAUGUGUUAGUCUGUCACUUUGCUGUACAGCCACACUUGACCUGUUACACAUGUACUGUGUUGUUUAGCCUUUAAAGUGUAUAUUAUGUUCUUCAGGAGAAUAGUUAAAGGAAUGACUCGUGUAAUUUUUAUGAUUAAAUUAUUUUUCUGUUCAUACCAACUAUUGUAAAAUAUUUCCUUAUGCCUUCUGCAAAUAAAUGCGUAUAAUAAUUA